AUGGCCAUUGCGUCGAAGUGGCUCGCUGCCAGAUUUAACAAGCCUGACAUGAAGCUUUUCGGCUUUGACGUUUUUGCUCUUGCAAGCGAUGGGGAUAUGCAGGAGGGGCUGAGCUCUGAGGCAGCGAGCCUAGCAGGCCACCUCAAAUUGAACAACCUCUGUUGGAUUUGGGAUAACAACCAGAUUACCAUUGAGGGCAACGUUGCCUGGGCGAUGUCUGAAGAUUUGCCGACACGUUUCAUCGCCUACGGCUGGAAUGUGUUGAGGGUGGGCGAUGCCAAUGACGUGGAGGCCCUCACUCGUGCCUUUCUGAGUUUCAGACGCGAGCAAGAAAGACCAACCUUAAUCGUGGUGGAUUCGCACAUUGCCUGGGGAGCUCCAACGAAGCAGGACUCCUUCCAUGCACAUGGCACUCCACUGGGUGAUAAGGAAGUCACAGCGACCAAACACAUCUACGACUGGCCAGAUGAGAAAUUCCUGGUGCCGGAGGAGGUGAAAAAGCACUUCCGAAUCCAGAUGGCAGAGCAAGGAGGUGUUUCUCGCAAGGAGUGGGACAAGAUGUUUGCCACCUUCCAGAACACUUAUCCAGAGGAGGGCAAGAUCCUUCAGGAUAUGAUUUCUGGGAAGCUUCCGGAGGGGUGGGACUCAUACUGCAAGCCAUUCCCAGCUGAUGCGAAAGGCCUUGCGACCCGACAAUCUUCCAGCGAAUGUCUCAACUUCAUUGGGAAAGGAGUCCCUUGGCUGUUGGGUGGGUCUGCAGAUUUGGCAACCUCCUGCCUCACCACGCUGAAGGGCAUGGACGACUUCAUGCCUCCGGGGAGCCAGUGGGGCCAAUAUGCUGGGCGAAACCUUCAUUUUGGAAUCCGAGAGCAUGCGAUGGGUUCCAUCAUGAACGGCUUGGCCCUCUGCAAACUACGGCCUUUCGGUGCUACUUUCCUGGUUUUUAGUGACUACAUGAGACCGCCAAUCCGGCUGUCUGCGAUUAUGGAGACGCCAUGCAUCUUCGUUUUUACACAUGACUCGAUAGGUGUUGGUGAAGAUGGACCGACUCAUCAACCUGUGGAGCAUUUGGGCUCUCUCCGCUCCAUCCCUGGACUUGCGGUCUUUCGGCCCUGCGAUGCAAAUGAAUGCUUGGAGAUGUGGAAGUUUAUUAUGCCUCUGCAGGACCAACCCGUGGCCAUCAUUUUGUCGCGGCAAGCGCUUCCAACUUUGGACAGGCAGACAUUUGCGUCAGCAGAAGGUGUACACAAGGGUGGAUACAUUUUGGCAGAUACGUCAACCAAUGGUGCAGCGCCAGAGGUCAUUUUGAUGUCGACAGGCAGUGAGGUUCACCUCAUGGUGCAGGCACACCAAGAGCUGGCUGCCAGUGGUGUGAAAGUGAGGUCAGUGAGCUUUCCUUCACUGGAGAUCUUCAAACAGCAAUCGCAGGAAUACAUCGACGCCGUGCUUCCGAACGCAUGCCGUGCGCGUGUCUCCAUUGAAGCAAGCCGCAGAGAUUCUUGGGGCAGCUUGCUUGGCUUGGACGGCGAACAUGUUGGGAUGAUCACCUUUGGCUUAUCAGCUCCGAUCAAGAAAGUUCAAGCCGAGCUGGGCAUGACAGUGGAAGCUGUGAUGGCUGCUGCCAGGCGCGUGAUGAGUGGGAACCCACGAAAAAUAUCCUCAAGGGCACAGGUAUUGAAGUCAUGGAAGAAGCGCAAACUCAGUGUAUGA